GAGGGGGGUUGAAUAUUAAAAGCACUUAAGUGUAAAAAUACAUCUUUAAUUAUUAAUUUAUUUUUUAAACGAACACUAGCUGUGGAUUUCAUAUUUUAAAUUUAAAUUUGAUUAAGGACCAUUGUGGUUGCAAUGGUUGCAUUUAGCCCGCUGUAUCUGUCACUGAAGCUUAAAUUAAUGUGAUUCACGGGACGAGAGAUUUGGCGCAGCGACCCAAAGGAAGAGCUGGAUGCUUCACCCGCAACAUGGAAAAGCAGGAGGACACACUGCUGCAUCCCAGAAAUAUAACACAACCAGGAGCCUUUGGAAAUUCAAAGGAUUUUAGCGUGCAUCUGAACACUUUAUAGGUGGAUUUAUGCGGAUAAACAAUCAAUGCGAUGGAGACGGAGAUGGACGGAGAACUACUUUAUUGAGCACGAGGAGCGGAGUUUCCAAAGCAGCAGCUCGAGAGGAUCCCUGCCUUUGAUAAUGAGAAAUGGAUCAAGUGAGCUGCAUGAUCUCAGGAGGUCUUGGAUUGUCCUGAAGGCGCAGCUCUAGAGGGUCCAUGUCAUUGCAUUGGUCGCUGUCCACUGCGCCCGUGGUGCUGAAAUCUGGAUGAUGCCGGCGCAGCGACUGCAUUGCUGCCGCUCCCUUCACAUUAACGAAGACAAUGGGCGCUUUCUGUUGCUCGCCGUGCUCAUCAUCGUGUACCUGCUGUGUGGCGCUGCGGUGUUUUCCGCCAUCGAGAGGCCGUCUGAGCUGCGAGCACACCGGCGCUGGAACCGGACUCUCCUGAACUUUAGCGAUACGUUCAAUAUCAGCUUACAAGAUCUGGGCGCUUUCCUGAAAGAGUACGAGGCUGCGAUUGCUGCUGGAGUUCGGGUCGAUGCCCUUCGACCCAGAUGGGAUUUUACAGGGGCGUUUUAUUUUGUUGGGACAGUGGUGUCUACUAUUGGAUUCGGGAUGACCACGCCAGUGACAGUAGCUGGAAAGGUUUUCUUGAUCUUCUACGGUCUGUUAGGUUGCGCGGCCACCAUCCUGUUCUUCAACUUGUUUCUGGAGCGCAUCAUUACCCUGCUGGCCGUGGUGAUGAAGGCCGUGCGUCUGCGCCGUCUGCGGACCAGUGGUCUCCUCCCGCCGGGGAUCUGCCAGGACUUUGCGGCGAGUACGUUGCCCGGUUGGAAACCCUCGGUGUACCACGUGAUGCUAAUUCUGGGUUUAUCAUCCAUCGUGAUCUCCUGCUGCGCGUCGGCCAUGUACACUCCAGUCGAAGGUUGGGCUUAUCUGGACUCGCUGUACUUCUGCUUCGUCACUUUCAGCACCAUUGGUUUCGGAGAUUUGGUGAGCAGCCAGAAUGCUGCGUACGGCUACCAAGGACUUUACCGCUUGGCCAACUUCAUCUUCAUCUUGACUGGAGUAUGUUGCAUCUAUUCGCUCUUCAAUGUCAUCUCCAUCGUCAUCAAGCAGGUCCUCAAUUGGAUGCUGGAGAAAAUGAGUUGCUUGUGCUGCCAGCACUGCAACAAAGCCAACGGUUUCUUGGGACGCCGCAAUGCCAUCAGGCCCGGCUCGCGCCUCAGACGCGGACGCUUCGGUCGGACGCCGGACUCGGACAAACCUUGCGACAGUGACACAGAGGGACGCAGGCUCUCGGGUGAGAUGAUCUCCAUGCGGGACUUGACGGGAUCCAAUAAAAUCUCGCUGGCCAUUAUGCAGAAACAGCUGUCGGAGUCAGCCAAUGGAUAUCCCAGAACGGUUUGCGGAAGUUCACGUCAGAACGGCUUUUCCGGUGGCGUCGGUGCUUUGGGCAUCAUGAACAACCGGUUAGCAGAAACCAGUGACUCUAGGUAGAAAACGAUUGUUUUUAGUGGUAAAACCUCUCCAACUCUCUCUGGAUGUUGAGCGAUUGGGGUUUGCGAUGUACAUUUUUGAGCUUGUGCAGAACAGCAUGGCAUGCAUGAACUGUAUAGGAUAUCCUUUAGGGUUUUUGGAUCGUGACUUGCUAAGAUGUAUGCUAAGAAUGCGUGCUAGGAAGUAACGGUACACUCAAAUCAUGUUGGAGAGAUCGUAUUUACUGUAUAAGUUGAAAGGACAUGAGUGCCACUGAAAAAUCACAAUUAUGAGUGGGAAAUGAGAAAAGUCCCAUGCUGGGAUCGUUUCAGUGAGAAAACAAGUCAGAUGCAAUGAAUGCAGCAUCUGCAUUAAUGGCUCAAAUUAAUACAAUUAUUUAUUUUUUAUCUUAGUUGCAUGCAUAAAAUACCAUAGUAAAGUUCAAUUACAAUACAAUUAUAUUUGAAUAAAAACAUAAAAAGCAACAUACCUGAUGCAAAUUCUUUAGUCAU